AUGCAGCAUCCGAGCGAGCAACCCACCUAUAUGUCAGAGGUGCCAUUUCAGCCACUGUGGGGCCAGGAGGCACCGCCACCGCCACCCAUAGUGCCGUAUCAGGAGCUGAUAGCCGGAUUUCCCUGUAGCGAUUUAUCUCUCUGGCAACGCUCGCAGGUGGCACCGCUGGUCAACCAACGACCGUCCGCCAACGGACGCAGCUCCUCCUCCUCCAACUCGAAGAAGACCCGACGCCGCAUCGCCUCCAUGGCCCAGAGAAGGGCUGCGAAUAUACGGGAACGCCGUCGCAUGUUCAAUCUGAACGAGGCCUUCGAUAAGCUGCGACGCAAGGUGCCCACCUUUGCGUAUGAGAAGCGACUCUCCCGGAUCGAGACACUUCGUCUGGCCAUCACCUACAUUGGCUUCAUGGCGGAGCUGUUGAGCGGCACACCCUCGAACAGCCACAAGCCCCGUUCCGAUAUGUACGGGGGCAUGAACGGGCACCAUCAUCCGUCGGCGGUGGCCACUGGACCCCCAAUGCAUCCACAUCCGCAUCUGCAUCCGGUUGCCUAUCAGCGUGACUUUGCCUCGCCCUACAAUCACAGCCUGACCUAGAGAGGUCGAUCAGUGAGCUGGAGAAGGACGACAAACCAUAUUGU